AUGGAAAAUCCCUCGCCGGAAAAUCUCAUACUGGUGAACCGGGAACUCGACGGCGUGGCUUAUAUAAUCAUCAACCGGCCAAAGUCUCUCAACUCCUUGACCCGACCCAUGAUGGUUCGUAUGGCAAGGGAAAUCAAGAGCCUAGCUUCCGAUGAUUCGGUUAAAGUGAUAAUACUCUCCGGAUCGGGUCGGGCAUUUUGCUCCGGCGUGGACUUGACUGCAGCGGAGGACGUUUUUAAGGGAGAUGUAAAGGAUUUGGAAACUGAUCCGGUUGCCCAGAUGGAGCGGUGCAAAAAGCCGAUAAUCGGAGCCAUAAACGGGUUCGCAGUCACUGCCGGGUUUGAGAUUGCCUUGGCUUGCGAUUUCUUGGUGGCAUCAAAAGAGGCUAAAUUCGUGGACACUCAUGCCAGGUUUGGGAUAUUUCCUUCUUGGGGUUUAUCUCAGAAGCUUUCACGCAUAAUUGGGCCUAGUAGAGCUCGUGAAGUGUCUUUGAGUGCAAUGCCUGUAACUGCUGAACAAGCCGAAAGGUGGGGUUUGGUGAAUCACGUUGUUGAAGGAAGUGAACUUUUGACGAAGGCUCGACAACUUGCUGAAGCCAUAAUUAAGAAUAAUCAAGACUUGGUAUUGAGAUAUAAAUCAGUUAUCAACGACGGAUUUAAACUCGACCUGGAUCAUGCACUUGCUCUUGAGAAGGAAAGGGCUCACGAGUACUAUGAUGGGAUGACGAAGGUGCAGUUUAAGAAAAUGCAGGAAUUCAUAGCUGGUCGGAGGUCAAAGAAACCGCCAUCAAAGCUGUAA